GCUCUAAAUGCAGUAUUCUCUAUACCUAAAGAAUCUAAUCUCGAAUCUUGAUUCAAAAGCUCGAUUCAACUCGAGCUUUUGAAUUGCCCUUAAUGACGAGUUUCCUCUCUUACUUUUCAGCUGCAGACAGUUUCUUUCAGGUUUGGUCUCCGCGCUUCUAUAUAUAGACAAACAUUUACAUGCCAUAUAAAAGAACAUUCACAGUUCUGCUUUACACACACUUGUAAACACAAAGCAAAUAAAAUGUAGACUACAAUUUAAUGACAGUUAAAAGCAAAGUUCAUAAGCAGGUAAAUGGUUCUCUGCUUAUUUAUUAUGUUUGUAUAUGAAAUUAUUUAAAAAAAAAAACACACAAAAAAAACAGAUGUAUGAUCAACCACACAUCAGGCAAACGCACGUGCAUGUGGACACACACACACACACACACACACACACACACACACACACACACACACACACACACACACACACACACCAGCCCUUUUCCUGUGGGUUCUGCUUCCUGCAUUUGUAGAGCACACAUCAGUCGCGUCUCUGCCGCUGAAAACAGAUAUGAGUGUAAUUACAUUAAGAGUCUCAUUUCAUAUUGAUCCGUCUGCACAAAUAGCCGUUCUGAACAAGCCGAACAAGAUUAUUUAAUGUUAUUUAUGUUCUUUUUAUUUCCCCUGGGGUUCAGGGUCACACAGCAGAGAGGUGAGGAGGAGCGCAGACAACACAACACUGUCAUCUGCUGAGCAUCUGAAACAAAAAAAAACAAAAAAAGAUUUAAAAAACAGUUGUGAGGGGACAAUAACACUUUUUUUGGACUACAUGAUGAUUGAAGGAAAUACAAACUCAGUGGAGCUGGAUGCAGAGCACCCACAGAGAGUCCCGGGGGCAGAACAGGGAGGGGUCCCGCCCCCCCAGGUCAAGCUGAAAGACAGGCAGAAGUUCUUUGAGGAGGCCUUCCAGCAAGACAUGGAGCAGUACCUAUCUACUGGCUACCUGCAGAUCGCUGAGAGGAGAGGGCCAAUAGGAAGCAUGUCAUCCAUGGAGGUGAACGUGGACAUGCUGGAGCAGAUGGAUCUGAUGGAUAUGUCUGACCACGAGGCCCUGGAUGUGUUUCUGCACUCUGGGGGAGAGGACAACAGUGCUGCAUCACCUGUCACAGGUCCUGACGUUGAGUCCUUCACCACAGAGAUCAGUCUCCAGGUUCCCACCCAAGCUGAGCUACGCCACAAGCUUUCCUCCCUUUCAUCCACCUGCACUGACUCAGCCAGCCAGGACACGGAGGCCGGGGAGGAUGAUGAGGAGGAUGAUGAGGAGGAGACUGAGCAAGGGGGAGGAGGAGGAGGAGGUGGUGGUGUUGGAGGAGGAUCGGGGGGAGGAGGAAGACGGAGACGGCCACCGGUGGUGGUGACCCUGGAUGAAGACGAGGUGCACCCAGAUACAGCGCUGGUGGACAGGGUGGAGCAAGAGGACCAUACCAGCAAAGACUGUGAGGAGAGCAGGCAGAAGGUUUGAGGAGAGCUGGACUGGAUUUAAACACAAACACACAAACAUACAGAGCUGCCAAAACAAACUCGGAUACCUAACAACAUUGGCUUCCUUCUCAAAUUCCUUUCAUACUGAAGAAAAGUAUAUGAAAGAAAAUACACUGAGGUUGCACUAACUGCCACAUGACCUUGCCUUAAAACACCACUGAGUUUUCAAUUCUAAUUGAAUCCUGUCAAAUAGGUUUGAGUUCCCUUUAGCAUAAUAGCAUUGAAUGACUUAACAUGCACAUUAAUAGUUUGGCAUUAUUCAGAGAAUGCUCUAAUAUUCUGUUUCUGUGUUUGUGCAUGUUAAGACCAGGAGAUGCCUGUUACUGAUCAGUGACAGGGACAUAAACAAGCAUACCCUAAAAUCAUCCAUUUGUCCCUUUCAGGUAGCUGCUUGUCAGGCUAUGUGCUAACACUUUAGCAUUCACUGUGCUGUUCUUAUAUGACCUGAACUUUGGUGAAACCUCUGCAGAACAUAAAGAUAUGAUGGUGGUUUGAACUACCACAUCCCUGCCAAAAUGAAGAGGCUAUCACCAGCUCUGCCAGGUUAAUAACAUUUUAUUUUUAAAGUAAAAUAAGAUUAUAAUCACUAAAAGUGUGUGUAAUUUGGACUUUCUUAAUGUUGUAUACCUUUGAUCAUUCAAAGGAUCCAUUCACCCAAAUUUUGAAAAAUCACAAUUUCUCACUUAUCUCUAGACGAGCAGAUAGUUUCCCGGGUUUUGACGUGUGCGGUUUCUGUUGCGUCCUUUUUUCCUCUCUUUCUUGUCCUUACGCCAAAUAAACUUUUUUUUUUUUGAUAUUGCAAAACCUGUGCUAGUAAAAUCUACCAUGACUAUUCAUAAAUUGGGUGAACGGACCCUUUAAUACAGUUAAUGCUGAACAGUUAGGACUAAUGACCUGCAGGGGCCACAUGGAUGAAUUUUUCAGGACUUUAUGUAUAAGCUGAAUCCCCAAAGCUUCUUGCAUUCCUUUGGCUGCGCAAGAUUCUGCAAUAUUUUAAAUGUAUACUACCAAUUAGAUAAUACUUUUGCGCCCUGGCAUGCCGUCACCUGGCAGUGGGUUCAGGUAGCAGGAUAUCAAUGAUUUAACACAAACAAUCACAUGCAGGAGAGUUGCCCUCUGGAAUUCAUUUUACCAGUAAUAUUUGGGCGAACUUCUCCUUAGGACCAAAUCGAUAUUUGGACUGUGCGCUAUGCACUGGAUGACACCCAGAAGGUUUAACUGUAUCCAGAUCUUUUUUCUUUUUUUUUUUUUGUACAGAAAUGGUGACCUUUGUGCAAUGUGACAGCAUUACUCAUUCCUUUCUUUUCCCCUGCCUACAGUUUCUGACUUGUUGGUAAUAAAUGUUUCUCCCCCAG